AUGGAAAACACGUCGACGACAACAGUUGCUUCACCUCCGCUCUCCUGUCGUGCCUUCACUUCUCCCCCAUGUAUCAGCAAUCACUCUCUCCGCGACGACGCCCAUCAUGAUCUUUGUCUGCGCGUCUCCGAUGCGUCUUCCUUCCGACGACACACUCCACAUCCUUCCACCGUCUGCAUCAUCGCUCCCGCUGUCAGCCAUGACUUGACAUGCAUGCGCCCACCACUCCGGAAAAAGCCCAAACUCACUGCGACUCCCACGACCACCGCCAAUUCUGGUGACAGCCUACAGAAUUCUGACGUGUCGAGGUCUGGGAUGCUGAAACCAGUUGGUCUGCAAAAAACCACGAGUGUCCCUUCAUUCAACCUCCACCCUCUUGACUACGACGAUCCCAACGACUGUCGACCAUCCACGUCUAGUGCUGCUCAGCCUGCAAUCGCCCUGCACAGAAUCCACUCGAGUUCUAAUCACCGAUCAUUGUCCCAGAAAAGACCGCCAGCGUCGCACAGUAGCUAUCCUGUCGAAACGAUCUGUGGCCCGCCGCCUUCCUACAGCACUCAGCAGACUCGGUCGCAGGAUAAGAUCCGAGCAGUCGAUCGCCAACUCGGGCCUCAACCGACGAGUAUUACGACGCGUGACACGCCCUCCCACAACAUCAAUGAGCAGCCACACGAACCCAAGAAAUACCUCGCACAGUCAUCGCUGGUAACGCGGGUCCCGAUCGCGUCCUCCAGCGCAGAAUCUGUUUCCGACGAAAUCAACACACAAGACACGUCAGACCGAGACACUCCCAUCACGCCAGACGACCUCGGUUCCUUGGUGGGUGCCACGGAGCGAUCAACAAUGGCUGAGUCCUUUGUGUCCGCGGAACAGGACCUAUCAGAGCAGCGACUGAAACCGAGUCCCAUUGACGAAGACAGCAAAGGGUCGAGCAGCGACGAGCGGAAAAGCGAGGAUUUGUUCUUGAACAUUGCAAAGACAGAUGCAUCUCGAAGUUCUCAAGUUCAUUCCAACAUUGACAAGAGACGGUCCCGCAUUUCGUUACCAUUCUUUUCCAACGCCCGGCCAACGACGGGAUACAAGUCCUCCCCCAUCCAAGAUCGCUUUGACACAUCAAGCUUGUCAGGUCGGUCAGAGGCUCUGAAGUACUACAGCAAGCGAGCGUCUCUUGGACAACAUGUACCCGGUGCGCUUUCACGAGCAUACACCGAAGACACGCUCCGGCCUGAUUCACUGGCUUCUCCGCAAGACACUCGGGGUAUUCAAGACGGUGACUUGUCACGACGAACGCUCUCUCGACGUUACUCAAAUGCAAAUACAAGCGUUACUGGUGAACCAUUUAGCCGUCAUCUGCAGCGUCCAAGUACUGCUCGCAACAGCCGCCUGGUUUCUGAUUCAGGGUUCUUGGACCGCUCGAAAGUACCUGAUCACAACGCCACAGAGUCGACCAUCUCUACCACGGCCCCUUCUACCGUCUGGGAUGAGCUCGACGAUCUCAAAUCGAGAAUUCGAAAGCUUGAACUCACUGGAAAGCUGCCUCCCUCGUCAGCUGCUGCAAUGACCACGUCUGAGAGACCCAAAACUGCAACCACGGCGGCAACAACACUUUCCUCGUCGCCAAAACCAAAACCUGGUGCUGCUCCUUUGCAGUCUGCAAUUGAAGGCAUACCAUCCAAUGUUCACCCCACACUUCAUGAAGCGCUUGGCAAGGCUAAAUCUGCGCUGAGCAGUGAAUUGUAUCAGAAAUUGCAGGCUACCGCCCAGGAUGCAUUACAACUUUCCAUCAUGAUGACUCCAGAGGGAUAUACCGGAACUGGUAGCACUAUCGGCGCCUCUGCGGUGUCUGAACGUCAAGUACGGCGACGAACCGAAAGCAUGUGCAGGAGCCUGACGGAACUGGCCAUUGCAAUAUUGGCAGAGAACAAACAAGCACCAACACCAGGUACCCGGCCUUCCAGCCGAGACACAUACGCUCCCUCUUCUCUAGGUCUUCGCAGCCGUCGAUAUAGCAACGAACCAAAUGACCGUCCUCCGGUGUCGGCGAGAGUGCAGUCUCGGCUAGAAAGUAGGCGGACCAGCAUCCCCCUGGGUGCCACGUUGAGUCCACAAGGGGCAACGCCCGAACAUACCUACCAGACGCCUCCUACAGCGCUACCGCAAGUCCCAGCGACUUCGUCGUCCAGGCUUGGAUCUACAUCUAACUCGUUGCGAAGCAGGAGGACUCCUGGACAAACAGACGGGAUCACUGCCGACGAAGAGGCAAGCCCUUCUGUCCGACCCGUGAGUCGAGCUAUGACAGAGGUGAGCACCUAUCGUAAUUUGGCCCGGGAUCGUGCUGCGUACUCUCGGGAGUACACUGCCCAACACCCUAUGCCCCAACACGCCAGACCUAGGUCGCGCGAGACGAGCAAUCCCAUGAGGAGCGCGAUGCCGUCGAAUGUGAGCUCCAGCUUGAUCUCCAGGCGAAAGCAUGCCAGUCCAGCAAGCUUGGUUGGAACCCCAGAUGGAAAUCCUACAACACCAAAAGAUCAAUGGGGCCGAAUCACAAUUGUACCCGCGGCCAUGUCUAGUCCCAUCGAGGUAACACCAGAAAGCCAAGUAACACUCCGUCCAUCCAACUCCAGAAGAAGCCUUGGAUUCGCGAGCAGAAUCAGUAGCGUCAGCAGUCGCCUAAGAGCGGCAAAGGCCGAGCGUAGCGCCAGCAUAAGGGAGACCCCGGAUUCCGAGGCAUUGCGAAAUAUUGCACCAUCAGGUCCGGAAUUGGAUAAUAUGGCGUUAGAAAGACACAAUUCAGGCCAUAGCGUUGGAUUGGGAUGA